ACGCGGCCGUCAUGGCGGCGCACCUGAACUCGGGCCGGGUCAACCUGAUGGCCCUGCGGGAGGCCGGCCGCAAGGAGCUGCGCGAGUUCCUCGACAAGUGCGCCGGCUCCAAGGCCAUUGUGUGGGAUGAGUAUCUUACGGGGCCGUUUGGACUGAUUGCACAAUAUUCACUUUUAAAGGAACAUGAGGUGGAGAAAAUGUUCACCCUCAAAGCAGGCCGCCUUCCGCAUGCUGAUGUCAAGAAUAUUAUUUUCUUUGUCAGACCAAGGCUAGAGCUCAUGGAUAUAAUUGCUGAAAAUGUGCUCAGUGAAGACAGAAUCCGUGGUCCACAGAGGGAUUUCCACAUCUUAUUCGUGCCACGUCGCAGCUUGUUGUGCGAGCAGCGGCUGAACGAUCAGGGAGUCCUGAGCUCCUUCCUUCUUCGAGAGGAGUACAGCCUGGACCUCAUUCCGUUUGAUGGAGAUCUGUUAUCCAUGGAGUCUGAAAGUGCCUUUAAAGAGUGUUACUUAGAAAAUGACCAGACCUGCCUUUACCACGCAGCGAAGGGACUCAUGACACUUCAGGCACUUUAUGGAACGAUCCCACAAAUCUUUGGAAAGGGAGAAUGUGCACGGCAUGUAGCAAAUAUGAUGAUCAGGAUGAAGCGGGAAUUCUCCGGAAGUCAGAAUGCAAUUUUCCCUGUCUUUGAUACCCUGUUGCUGCUCGACCGCAACGUAGACUUGAUUUCGCCUCUGGCCACACAGCUAACGUAUGAGGGGCUGAUUGAUGAAAUAUAUGGAAUUCAGAAUACUUACGUGAAACUCCCUCCAGAGAAGUUUGCUCCCAAGAAGCAAGGGGAGGGAGGCAAGGAUCUCCCCACAGAGCCCAAGAAACUGCAGCUGAAUUCCGCUGAGGAGCUCUACGCAGAGAUCCGAGACAAGAACUUCAACGCCGUGGGCUCCGUGCUGAGCAAGAGAGCCAAGAUUAUAUCAGCGGCAUUUGAGGAAAGGCACCAUGCUAAAACUGUUGGGGAGAUCAAACAGUUUGUCUCACAGCUGCCACACAUGCAAGCAGCAAGAAGCUCUUUAGCUAACCACACUUCCAUUGCGGAGCUUAUCAAAGACAUUACUACAUCAGAAGACUUCUUUGAUAACUUAACUGUGGAACAAGAGUUUAUGUCAGGAAUAGACACUGAUAAGGUCAACAAUUACGUCGAAGAUUGUAUUGCGCAAAAGCACCCGUUGAUCAAGAUUUUACGGCUUGUUUGUCUGCAGUCUGUGUGCAACAGUGGACUGAAGCAGAAGGUCCUGGAUUACUAUAAGAGAGAGAUUCUCCAGACGUAUGGCUAUGAACACAUACUGACCUUAAAUAACCUAGAAAAAGCUGGACUCUUGAAGGCCCAGUUAGGCAGCAGAAACAAUUACCCAACAAUUCGGAAAACGCUGCGCUUGUGGAUGGAUGAUGUCAACGAACAGAAUCCAAAUGAUAUUUCCUAUGUAUACAGCGGCUAUGCUCCUCUAAGUGUGCGCCUGGCACAACUGCUGGCCCGGCCGGGGUGGCGAAGCAUAGAGGAAGUCUUAAAGAUGCUUCCAGGCCCUCACUUUGAAGAGAGGCAGCAGUUACCAACGGGGCUUCAAAAAAAGCGUCAGCAAGGAGAAAACAGAGUCACUCUGGUAUUCUUCCUGGGUGGAGUGACCUACGCUGAAAUUGCAGCCCUCCGGUUUCUGUCUCAAAUGGAAGAUGGGGGCACAGAAUAUGUCAUUGCAACGACUAAGCUAAUCAAUGGAACAAGCUGGGUUAAAUCUCUGAUGGAGAAGCUGGAGCCGCCACCCUUUUAGAAUGAGGAUCUGCACAAAGGUCAAGUGAAAAAGACAUGUCACGUGCAGGUGUCUUCAUAAGGAGCAGAGAAGUAUACUGGCAAUGGGGAAUAAUUGCUGCUGGAUACAAUGGAUGAAACAUAUUUUUCUCUCUCUGCAGUUCUCCUGCUUUGACUGUUCAGAACUCUGCAAUGAAAGAGAGAAGAAUAUCAGGAAACAAAAUAUGACAACAAGUAUUACUCCUAACGUUGGUUUCGGAAAGAGAGCCACAGGACGAAACUGUCUAUGGCUAUGCCCCACAGUGCACCCGCUAGCAUCAUUCCCAGGCUUUUUAGUUUUAUUUAUUGUCACUUCUAAUCAUCCCUUUGGGGUGGACAUAUUCCACAAUCCCAUACAUAUCUCAGGAAGUUUUUCCUCUCCUUUCUACUGUCACCUUAUUCUUAGUUCUACCCCCUUUGUGCCGUUCUUAAACUCUCUUCCCAAGCAGCGUUGUCAUGUUUGUGGACCUGUCCAUAAUCAUUCUAAAGCCACCUGCAAAGCUCCGAGUCCCACCAAAGCUAGGCUCCACAGACUUCAAUAUGUUUCUCAGUUUACAAGUGAUUUCAGUCCCAUCCCCUCUUCCAUUUAUAUUAUAGUUUCUAGCAUCACUCCCCUUUCUUUUCUUCUGUAUACAUCCUGAGACAUAAAGCAAUGACUGUUUUUCACCAUUUUCUGUGCCGAUACAAUAGACGUCUCCUUUCACUGUAUUUUGUAAAAAUAUCUGCAUCUCUCGGUUCAUGUUGGUAUUUCUUUAAAAGCUACCAAGACCUUGUAUUGAACAAGCUUGUAAAAUUAAUAUAAUGGUGGGAAGUGGGAGAAGAGCAUGGAACAUUUUGGUGCACGUGGUUUACUGUUCAUUUCUGAAGUCAGACAGAACUGAUCAAAUUAAAACUUAUGUUUAGAGCGUGCUGCUGUUUUUCUGCACGUGCAAAUUCA